AUGUCAGACCCGAACAACCCAAAUAUCAAAAGCAGAGAUACGCCCCAGUGGGGACUCUAUCAACGCGAGCUAUUCUGGAAAGACAACAAUGGAGAAGUCGCUCCAUUCAGCACCGAUCCAGGUGAUCUAGAAGAUCUCGCUAAGAGAAGUCUGACAAUCGGAGGCUGGUACUACGCCUCUUCCAAUGCAGGACAAUCCUACACUCAUCUCGCCAACCGUCAAGCAUUUUACAGACAUCGUAUAAUCCCCAGGAUGCUUGUGGACACCAAUGAGCGGGACACAGCUACCACCAUCUUUGGGCACAAAGUCAGUGCUCCGAUAGGAUUUGCACCCAUCGGCAUAAACAAGAUCUACCAUCCACUCGGCGAGCUCCCAGUUGCCAAAGUCGCCGCUGAACUGAACCUACCAUACUGUCUCUCAACAGCAGGCUCAACAGCCAUCGAAGAUGUUGGAGAAGCGAACGGGAAUGGACCGAGAUUCUUCCAGCUGUAUAUGCCGCACGAUGAUGAGCUCACAAUUUCUCUUCUUAAGAGAGCACAUGACAGCGGCUUCACAGCGUGUAUCCUAACCCUCGACACAUGGCAACUCGGCUGGCGACACCACGAUGCCGCCGAGUCCAACUACGCAUUCUACCACGGCAUCGGCGCCGACCUAGGCCUCUCGGACCCAGUCUUCCAAAAGCGACUCGAAGAAGCAGGCAUCGAUCCCGUGAAACAACCAAACGUAGCUGGCGCAAUGUGGAUCGACAAUGUCUGGCACGGGCGAGCAUGGAGCUGGGAGAAGAUGCCGUGGUUGAUGGAGAAGUGGAGGGAGAUUAGUGGUGGGAAACCGUUUUGCUUGAAGGGGAUACAGAGCGUGGAGGAUGCGAGGAGGGCGGUGGAGUUGGGCGUUGAUGGGAUUGUGGUUAGUAAUCAUGCUGGGAGGCAGGUGGAUGGGGCGGUUGCGAGUUUGGAUGCUUUGGAGAAGAUUGUUGCUGCGGUCGGUGACAAAACAUACAUCAUGUUCGACUCCGGUAUUCGUUCAGCAGCAGAUGUAUUCAAGGCCCUUGCCCUCGGCGCGAAGUUCGUCUUUGUAGGCCGGCUCUGGGUCUGGGGACUGAGCAUCAAAGGCGAAUUGGGAGUCCGUCAUGUCAUGAAGAGUUUGCUUGCCGAUUUUGACAUCUUGAUGAAUGUUGCGGGCUUUCAGAACGUGGAUCAGAUCACGAGAGAAAGUCUGGAUAGUUUGCCGAAUUCGGCGGCGAUGAUUGCGGAGAAGAGUAGGUUGUAA